AUGUUAAAGAACACUCUAACUUAUUUCGUAUUAUUAUUCAAUUUAAUUCAAUGCUUAUUAACUGAAAUAAAUGGUGUAUCACCCAUCCUAGCCUUCAAACCAACACUACGACAUCUUCAUGCCGCUACAGUCAUUGACGAUAAAUUAUAUAUUUUAAGCGGAAUGGAUGACACUAUUGGUGGGAUUGUUGGCGGAACCCAAUUUUUUUAUCUCAACGUAUCAGCUCCAUUUAAUACUAAAAUGCCAUUAUAUUGGCAUGACCUAACAAGUAAAAAUAUCGUUCCACCGCAAAUCGGUGUCACAGCCGUUAAAGGUGGUGCUGAUAAUAAUACGUUAAUUUUGUACGGAGGAAGAAAUUUGACAAGCAUUGAAAGCAAAGCUUUGGUUUAUGCGUAUGAUACCCAGGGUAACGCGUGGCAUAUCCCAACAAUUUCUGGAGAAAAUUAUAUUAAGAGGAGAAGUUUAACAGCAGUCGUCGAUUAUCAAGGAAAAGUAUAUUUAUUUGGUGGAAAGUUAUUGGAAUUUGACUCUUUUGUAAAUGAUAUGAUUACUUUAGAUACAAUAAAUUUUCGUUGGGGAAAAGGUAGUUCAACAAACGCACCAACAUCAAGAAUUAAUUAUGGUGCAACAUUAUUACCCAAUCAAAACAUUAUUUAUAUAGGUGGUGGAAAUAGCCUUAAUGAAAGUUUACCAUUAGAUGAGGUCUUUAUAUACGAUACUAACAAUAAUAAUUGGAGCACAAAAAAAACUUCAGGGUUAAUACCUUCUAAUAGAUAUGGUUUAACUGCUGUUCUUGGAUUGGACGGAGAACAAGUUAUAGUUUAUGGAGGGUUAGGAAAUAAAAAUAUUAUUAUCAAUCCCGAAGAAUCACUUUAUACUUUAAAUAUCAACACUUUUGAAUGGAGUAUUCCAAAAAUUACUGGAAACAUUCCAAGCUGUAGAUAUAUGCAUAGAGCAAAUGUGAUUGGAAAUUAUAUGGAGUCGGUUAUAACAUAA